GCCAUUUCUCCCCCCCCCGGGCGGGGCGUAACGCGGGGCGUGAGCUGCGUUGAGGCCUUUUUUUCUUCCUCCAGGAAGUUUUGGCGGAAAUAUCCCUCUUUUUUUUAGCUUUUCUAUCCUUAAAAGCAGCACUUUUGGGACCCCCCCAAGCAGGGGAAGCGGUCACGGAGCUGCCGCAGUCGCCGGGCCCGAGCGUUGCCCCACGGCACCUGCUGGGGUGUGGGGACCCCCAAAUCCUCCUGAAAACGGGGUGAAAAGAGGCAAUUCCUGUGCUGCGGCCCCAAAAAAGCGAUGGCGGAGGAGCCGAUCGUGCCGGUGUUCUGCACCGGCGUUUCGGCGCAGGUGCAGCGGCAGCGAGCGAAGGCGCUGGGUUUGGGGCAGCACGAGAACGCCGUGCGGUACCUGGGGCAGGACUACGGGCGCUUGGUGGAGGAAUGCCGGCGUUCCGGAACUCUUUUCCGCGAUCCAACCUUCCCGCCAGCUCCCGCUUCCCUCGGCUUCCGCGAGCUCGGGCCCGGCUCCUCCAAAACUCACGGCGUCCAAUGGAAGAGGCCGACGGAGCUGUGUCCGCGCCCGCAGUUCAUCGUGGACGGAGCCACGCGCACGGACAUCUGCCAGGGAGCUCUCGGCGACUGCUGGCUGCUGGCAGCCAUCGCCUCCCUCACGCUCAACGAGAGCGUCCUGCACCGCGUGGUGCCGCACGGACAGAGCUUCCAGCACGGAUACGCCGGCAUCUUCCACUUCCAGAUCUGGCAGUUUGGCGAAUGGCUCGACGUGGUGGUGGACGAUUUCUUACCCACCAAGGACGGCAAACUCCUCUUCGUCCACUCAGCCGAAGGCUCCGAGUUCUGGAGCGCUCUCUUGGAAAAAGCCUACGCCAAGGUGAACGGCUGCUACGAGGCGUUAUCCGGCGGUAGCACUUCCGAAGGCUUCGAGGACUUCACCGGCGGCGUGACGGAAUGGUAUGACCUGCGCAAACCUCCCGCCGAUCUCUACCGUAUCAUCCUGAAGGCGUUGGAACGCGGUUCCCUCCUCGGCUGCUCCAUCGACAUAACGAGCGCCUUCGACAUGGAGGCGGUGACGUUCAAGAAGUUGGUGAAGGGCCACGCGUACUCAGUGACGGGGGCCGAGCAGAUCAACUUCCGCGGCCAAUCCCUGGGCCUGAUCCGGAUGCGUAAUCCCUGGGGAGAAGUGGAGUGGACGGGACCAUGGAGCGACAACUCAUCCGAGUGGAACGCGGUGGAACCGGCGCUGAGGCAGCGGCUGAUGGUGAAGAUGGAGGACGGGGAAUUCUGGAUGUCCUUCCGGGAUUUCCUCCGGGAAUUCACCCGCCUGGAGAUCUGCAACCUCACUCCAGACGCUCUCCAGUCCCGCAAAUUCCGCAAGUGGAACACACGGCUCUACGACGGGACGUGGCGGCGCGGCAGCACAGCGGGCGGCUGCCGGAAUUACCCCGCCACGUUCUGGAUAAAUCCGCAGUUUAAGAUCCAACUGGAGGAGGUGGACGACGACGGGGAUAACGAUGGCGGACGCGAGCCGGGAUGCAGUUUCCUGCUGGCGCUGAUGCAGAAGCACCGGCGCCGCGAGCGCCGCUACGGCAAAGACAUGGAAACCAUCGGCUUCGCCGUCUACGAGGUUCCUCCCGAGUACGUGGGAAGAUCCGGCGUCCACCUGAAGAGGGAUUUCUUCUUGGCCAACUCCUCGCGCGCCCGCUCCGAGCAAUUCAUCAACCUGCGGGAAGUGAGCACGCGCUUCCGACUGCCUCCGGGCGAGUACAUCGUCGUACCUUCCACCUUCGAACCCAACAAGGAAGGAGACUUCGUUCUCCGCGUCUUCUCCGAGAAGAAAGCUGGCACGGAGGAAAUGGAUGACAAGAUCCAAGCGACGCUGCCGGAUGAGAAAGUGCUCUCGGAAAGCCAAAUCGAUGAGAACUUCAAGCAGCUCUUCAAGCAGUUGGCGGGGCCGGACAUGGAGAUCAGCGUGACGGAGCUUCAAACCAUCCUCAACCGCAUCAUCGGCAAACAUAAAGAUCUCCGGACCAAAGGCUUCAGCACCGAAUCCUGCCGGAGCAUGGUCAACCUGAUGGAUAAAGACGGGAAUGGGAAGUUGGGGCUGGUGGAGUUCAACGUCCUCUGGAACCGGAUCCGCAACUACCUGGCGAUCUUCCGCAAGUUCGACCUGGAUAAGUCGGGGAGCAUGAGCGCCUACGAGCUGCGCCUGGCGCUGGAGGCGGCAGGCUAUAAACUCAACAAGAAGCUGCACGAGCUGCUCAUCACCCGCUACGCCGAACCCGACCUGGCCCUCGACUUCGACAACUUCGUCUGCUGCCUCGUCCGCCUGGAGACCAUGUUCCGGUUUUUCCAAGCGAUGGAUGUGGACCAGGACGGUGUUGUCACCUUCGAUUUGCUGCAGUGGCUGCAGCUCACCAUGUUCGCCUGACGCUCCCGCGCCUUCGAGCCGGAGCCGCGCCCGUUCACCUCGUGUCUCCCAGCGGAAAAGCCGGAGCAGGAGGAGGAGGGAAACGCUCGCAGGGCUCCCCUCACGCUUUGCCAAAGACCCCCUCGUUUCUGCGCCCACCAUGGGGCCGCUUUGGGGAGAAUUCUCACGUUUUUGUGCCUCUUGAAGGAGCCCACGGAGGGGGUGACGCCGGAGCUCACCCCCAUUCCCGCUCCCCCCGGUACGGCCGUCGUCGCCUCUCGCUUCCGCGCUCUCUGCCGGCGCUCGACGGGGCUCUGCCCGCG